UCUGUUGAAACAGGUAGUGUAACAGUAGAAGAGCAGAAUUAUCUUACGCAGGCGCACAAUCUUCUGCGUGGGAGUCAGAUGACAGCAUUGAAAUGGAGUAGAUACCUUCAACGAUGGGCGGAUUACGUUAUACGAUGUCAGGUUGAGUAUCCCGGUCCUAUAACCACAUACACAAACUUCGGAAAAAUUUCAAAUGGCGGCAAUAUCUAUAACAUCGUCUACAACUGGGGAAAUGAAGGAUAUAAUGUCAAUAAAAAACUUGAGACCGGUUGCAGAACACCUGCCGACAGAGAAAGAUGUAAUCAUAACGUUAUUGUGAGAAACGAGUUUCUGCGAGAGUAUGCCUGUGCUGCUAGAAAUUGUCAGAGUGGAAUAAGACAACUUACUUGCAUUUAUCGAUAGCUCUGGAAAAGACAAACAAAACUCUAAAGAAUCAAAAUAUAUAAUGUACUACCUUUUUACUCACAGAUAAUAUUCAGGGAUAUAUGACUGUUACAUUAUACUAGCAUUUCUUUGUAAACUAAACAGUGAUAUUCGCGACAUUAAUUUGUGACUAAUAAUGUAAGUCUUGUUAUUUAAUUCCAAAUUUGUUUUUCAAGUUUGUGUGUAUAUAUUGAAAGAAAAUUAUAAGCAUAAAUGUACCAAUGUAAAACAUAUUAUUUGAAAUUUGCGUUUUGAGAUGUUAAAAAUGUAUAGGUAUUAAUCUAAAAUGUUUUUUUAUUGUACAUGUAUGUGUGAACAAUUCGACGGUAUAUAAAUAAUUAUACUGACCAGUGCAAGAGUCCUUAAUGUAAUAGUAAUAUGAAAUCACCGGUAAAUACAUUUUUUUAAGCUAAACUAUCUUUUUAUUUCAGGCUGAUUGAAAUUUGUUCUGUACUUUUACUUAUCAAGAAAGUUUAAUUAAUGAUACAUUUAUAACAUAACUGAAUUGCUUUGCAAAUGAAAAGAAAUUUUAUUAGAGAUAACAACAAAUUUCUGAAAUACAUUUACAAAGUAAAUAGCAAAACAACCAAAAUAUCUGUUUUCUAGAUACAAAAUCUUACAAUAACAUAUAAUUUUACAAUAAUUAGUUAUUACAAAUAAGUUAAAUGAAGAUUCACUGAAAGUGAAAGUGUAGAUGAUUUGACUUUUGAUAUUAACGUAUUGAAAUGUUGUGUAAAAGAUCAAUCCUUCUUUAGUUUUAUAUAACCUUUAGUACAGAUCUCCUCGAAGAUCUUUCAAACGAAUGUGUGUGACUGUGUGAAAUUGCCAGAAAUAUACGAUACAUGUAUCUUAUUAUGUUAUAUGCUAAUCUGAAUUUUUUUUUUAAAUCCUGAUUUGCGAUUUUUAUACAUUGUGUAGGUGUAUAUACUAUAUUUAAAUAUUUAAAGGACAGUUGUGUAGUAUAACGAAGAUCAUAUAGAUUUGUAGAUAUUGAAAUACACGAUGCUUGAAAUAAAAAUUCUUAAAAUUA